CCCGGACGGCGCGCGGGCGGCGGGCUGGGAGGGCGGCCGGGCGGGCAGCGGCCCCGGCCCCGCCGCGCGCACCAGUAUGGUGGGCCGGCUGAGCCUGCAGGAUGUGCCCGAGCUCGUGGACACGAAGAAGAAGGGCGACGGCGUGCUGGACAGUCCGGACUCGGGGCUGCCCCCCAGCCCCAGCCCCAGCCACUGGGCGCUCGCGGCGGCCGGGGGCGGGGGCGGUGGCGGCGGCGGUGGGGAGCGCACGCCCGCCCCCGGGGCGCUGGAGCCCGACGCGGCGGCGACCCCCGCGGCCCCGAAUCCAGCUUCUCUCCCCAACCCCCUGGCCUCCGGCUACUCACCAAGAUUAUGCCCCCUGUCCUUUGGCGAAGGAGUGGAAUUUGACCCCUUACCACCAACAGAAGUAAGGUACACGUCCUCGGUCAAGUACGACUCAGAGCGGCACUUCAUCGACGACGUCCACCUGCCCCUGGGCCUGGCGGUGGCCUCCUGCAGCCAGACCAUCACCUGCGUCCCCAGCUGCACGUGGCGCAACUACAAGGCCGAGGUGCGCUUUGAGCCCCGCCACAAGCCCGCCCGCUUCCUCAGCACCACCAUUGUCUACCCCAAGUACCCCAAGACCGUCUAUACCACCACCCUGGAUUACAACCGCCACAAGACCCUGAGGAGGUUCCUGUCCAGCGUGGAGCUGGAAGCCACGGAGUUCGUGGGCGGCGAUUACCUGUCGGACGAGAGCUGACUGGAGCGGGCUGGGGGGGCUGGACCAGCGUUCGCCGUCCUGGUCGAGGGGGGCCCAGUGGCCCUCACGUGUCAUCCUGGCCCCAGAAGAGUCUAACCCAGAGAUACCUCUGAGCCCAGCUUAGGGAAGGAAAAAAUAAGUCACAGUAUCUUCUAAUUAUUCAGAGAAUUUGGUUUUUACAAUUUUUUCAAAUUGUUUUUCAAAGGAGUGUAUUUCCUAGUCUGCUGCUACCUGGCUUCCCCAAAGUCUCAAUGUGAUGAGAAAAUAAAAGAGUGGCUA